UCUCGCUUUGAGGCGCACACUCGGCAGCUGGCUGCGAUACAGCUCCUCCCUCCUGUGUGGUGGCUUUCCCGACUAAAGAGAUCCUUGGACGUGAACAGUUUUGCUGAAGAGCACUUUCUCCCCUCCAAAGCAGCAGGCGGACCAACGGGGCGUCAGUUAUUCUAUACCGAUCUGAGAGAAAGGAGUUGCGCGGUUGGAUGAGGUCUCCAACAGUCUUUCACUCUCACAAAUCUUUGUCAGAGAUGAAGACUUGGCUUGGCUUCAGCCCAGGGUUGCACUUAUCCCUGGGUAUCUGGGUGGUGAUAGCCGCCCAAACCCUCCAAAAUGCCAAAGCGGAGAUAACUUGCGCAUCUUGUGCGUCGCCAGUUCAACUUCAUGUGAGGGAAUUAAAGCUCGGUCGGAGCACUGACCCAACAGAGGAGCCGCACACCCUGAAACAGAUCCGAAUAGAGUUCAGGGACCAAGAUCCUGAAGUGGACGCCCAACACGAGACAGGCGAAUCUGGCGAGCAUGUGCACCGAUUCCCCCAACAUGUCAGUUCAGAAGGAGUUAGCACCAAGAAAGAUGAAUCGGGGUCCGGUGAAUUUCGUCACAGCGCCAGUGAUGGGGCAGGGGACACCGAGAAGAUUGAAGAUGCUGCACUUCGGAGAGCGAAGAGAAGCCGUCCUGAGUUCAGUGAGACCGGGCGGACUGACAUGGACGCGGAAGCACCGGAGGAUUGGGGCUCACUGUUUGACGGACACAAGAAGGCCAGGUCCGAGUUCGGAUGGAACCGGGGAAAAGCGGGAGGAAAUAACCGGCAGGAUGAAACCAAGCUCAUCGGCACCACUUUCUCUCUGACCGGGGACUCUGCGCACAACCACGCGGUGGUUUACUGGUCCGGACAGAACAGCAGCGUGAUCCUGAUCCUAACCAAGCUGUAUGACUUUCAUAUUGGCAGCGUCACUGAGAGCACUCUUUGGAGAUCUACUGACUAUGGCUCCACGUAUGAGAGGAUGAACGACAAAGUCGGAUCCAAGACUGUCCUGAGUUACCUGUACGUCUGUCCAACUAACAAGAGAAAGAUCAUGGUGUUGACUGAUCCAGAGUUUGAGAGCAGUGUGCUCAUCAGCUCUGACGAGGGAGCCAGUUACCAGAAGUACCGCCUCACGUUCUACGUCCUCAGCCUUCUUUUUCACCCCACUGAAGAGGAUUGGGCCUUAGCCUACAGUCAUGACCAAAAGUUGUACAGCUCGGUGGACUUUGGUAGGAAAUGGCAGAUCAUCCACGAACGCGUGACACCAAAUAGAUUCUACUGGUCUGUCUCCGGCCUCGACAAGGAACUAGAUCUGGUGCACAUGGAGGCUCACACUCCAGAUGGAAAUGUGCAGUAUGUUACAUGCCAAGCUCCCAUGUGCACUGAAGUUAACAGGAACUACCCAUUCCCCGGAUACAUUGACAUUAGCUCUUUGGUGGUUCAAGAUGACUACAUAUUCAUACAGGUUCCUACAUCUGGACGAGCAUCUUAUUAUGUGUCCUACAAAAGGGACUCAUUCAUACAAAUUAAACUGCCCAAAUAUUCCCUGCCUAAGGACUUGCACAUCGUCAGCACCGAUGAGAAGCAGGUAUUCGCAGCGGUGCAGGAGUGGAACCAGAAUGACACCUAUAACCUGUACUUGUCUGACACAAGAGGGAUCUACUUUACCUUGGCCAUGGAAAAUGUCAAGACCACUAGGGGCAUCGGAGGGAACCAGAUGCUGGAUCUGUACGAGGUCGCAGGAAUUAAAGGCAUGCUGAUUGCUAACAAGAGGCAAGACAACCAGGUCAAAACCUACAUGACCUACAAUAAAGGCCGGGAGUGGAGGCUCCUGCAGGCUCCUCCCACUGACCUGGAUGGCAACGACAUUCAUUGCAUAUUGCCCUUCUGCUCACUUCAUCUCCAACUGCAGAUGUCCGAGAACCCUUACUUGUCAGGAGCAAUCUCCACCAAGGCCACUGCACCGGGUAUCAUAGUCGCCACAGGAAAUAUUGGAGCAGAGCUGUCCUACAACAACGUUGGCAUGUUCAUUUCAUCUGAUGCUGGCAAUAGCUGGAGACAGAUAUUUGAAGAGGAGCACAACGUUUGGUUUCUGGACAAAGGGGGGGCCAUCGUUGCUGUCAAACAGCCAUCUGUGCCAACCAGACACUUGUGGGUCAGCUUUGACGAGGGGAGGCAGUGGACCCAGCACAGCUUCUCCUUGGUGCCUCUGUUCGUGGAUGGAGUUCUGGUGGAGGCCGGGGCCGAUAACCAAAUCAUGACCUUUUUUGGACACUUCAGCCAUCGUUCUGAAUGGCAGCUCAUCAAGAUCGACUACAAGUCCAUUUUCAGCGGGAAAUGCACAGAGGAAGACUAUCAAACCUGGCACCUGCACAACCAGGGGGAGCCAUGUGUGAUGGGGCAAAAACAGAUUUACAUGAAGCGCAGGCCUGGAAACUACUGCAUGCUAGGAGAGGACUACUCCAGUAUCCUUUCAGCUGAGUCCUGUAUUUGUCGAGCUCAUGACUUUGAAUGUGAUUACGGAUAUGAGCGGCGAAGCGACGGGAACUGUCGGCCUUCCUUCUGGUUCAACCCCUCCACUGUCUCCAGAAGCUGCAGCCAGGGUCAAAACUACCUCAACAGCACAGGGUACCGCAAAGUGGUGUUGAACAACUGCACCAAAGGAGUUAAAGAAAUGUACACGGCAAGAAAGCAGCAGUGCCCCAACAGACCUCCCAAAGGACUCAUGCUGACCAUCAAAGACGGCAAACUCGCUGCCAACCUGGGCAGCAAUGUCACCUUCUUGGUUCAUCUGGAUGAGGGUGACUCUCUGCACACCAACAUCCAACUGGAUUUUGGUGAUGGCACAGCCGUCUCCUACUCCAACCUGAGCUGGACCGAGGAGGGGAUCAAACACAUUUACAAGUCUGCUGGAAUUUUCCGUGUCACAGCUUUAGCGGAGAACACACUGGGUUAUGAUUCCAAAACCCUCUUCCUGCAUGUCACAUGUCCAGUGGAGCAUGUCCGGCUUAUCGCUCCCUUCGUGGUCAUAAAGAACAAGGAGGUGAACAUCACAGCAGUGGCAUUACCCAGCCACUCGCGUACUGUUACUUACUUCUGGUGGCUAGACAACAAUACUGAGCCUUUGAUAACGUUAGAUGGCAGUAUCUCACACACCUUUCCAAACGACGGGAUGCACACCAUCACCGUCCAAGUGGCUGCAGCCAACAGCAUACGGCAAGACACCAAGACCAUAGCAGUCAGAGGAUUCUUCAAAUCUCUACUUUUAUCUUUCUCCCCUAAUCUGGAUGAGUUCAACCCCGACAUACCAGAGUGGAGACAGGAUGUGGGGAGAGUAAUUAAGAGGGCUUUGCUCCAAGUCAUUCUUUCUGCCUUGCCACAGGUGUCUGACUUCCCAGAGGAUCAGCUCUUGGUAGCCGUGUUCCCAGGCGUUCCAACCGCUGCUGAGCUCUUCCUGUUACCCCACAACAACCAAUCAGAGGGCAAGAAAAAGAGUGAGGAGGGACUUGAGCAGGUAUCCGAUAUAAUUGUGAGCGCGCUGAACCAAAAUCUGGUGGAGUUCGAGCUCAAGCCCGGUGUCAGGGUAAUUGUGUACAACACACAGUUAACACUGGCACCGUUGGUGGAUUCUAACCCAAGACACAGCAGCUCGGCUUUGCUGAUGCUCCUCUUAGUGGUGUUCCUGGGCCUAGCAGUGUUCCUUAUCUACAAAUUCAAGAGAAAAAUACCUUGGAUAAAUAUAUAUGCUGAGGUGAACCAGGAGAAAGAGCAAGAGAUGAUUGGCUCGGUGGGCCAGGGCGACAGCGCGCCUAAAAUCACACUGAGUGAGUUCUCCACAUCCAAAGAGCUCACGGAGAAACAACUGGAUGCCAGGGUCAAACGAGGAGUUGGAACUGCUUGCGAGAGCACAAGGGAGAUACCAAACUGUACUAGCGUGUAAAGUCAUUCAGCAACAGUUUAUGUAAAGAGCAAAGUAUUAAAGUGUCGGGGUUCUCUUUUUCUGUUUUGUAAUUCUCAACAAAGCUGAUGUUAAUAGUUUUCUAAGGGACCUCAUUUAUACAGACUUGCAUGGAUGCCUCGUUCAACAGCAUCCAUGCAGCAAAUGUCAAGUUACUCAUAGAGAUCAUUGUAAUUACUGGCAAACAAUGUAAUCAGUCGUGUGGAUGUAAGUUACAUAACAACGUUCCUUUGCAGACUGAACUAUCUUUCAUCAUGAAGGUUAUGUACGUUCUCUAUGACGUUUGCUUUGGAAUUCAUUUCUGCCUAAAUCAAGACUAUGAUGUCUGAGUCUUGUUCCGUUCUCUCUGGACUCACUCUGUUAAAUGUAUAUAUUAUUACUUUCUGAGUACCAUGGCGACAACAGAGGAUUCAAGAAAAGUUAAUGGUUUGUUUUUUUGAAAGGUGUACUAAGUCAAAAAUCUGCUUUGUUUUUGCUAAGGUCCUUGACUUGUGCAUGUUCUUUUUGGGGACACAGUUUCUGUGUUGUAGAUAAGCAAGUGUUGUAAAUAGUUCUUUUCUAAUCAUUCAUCAGAAAGGCGAGAUUGACUUUGCCUGGACUUCCGUGUUGCUCAUUUUCCUCAUUUGUAUCUAGCAGAAAAGGGGUUUUAUGUUAAACUGUGUAUAAAACAUACCUGAGAUAAGGCUGUAUGAGUUAUUAUAAAUAUUUAUUCUGAAUUGUUUACCAGUGAUCAACAUAUUCAAGUUGUGGGAGAACCAUACCAACAUUCAUUCCAAAAACAAAGUAGAAAUCUCUUUUUUAGUUGUUUAGGAAUACAGGCACAUGUUUAAGGCUAUACAUACUGCUUUUGAAAUUGAUUACAUGGAAUUCCCAGAGGGUAUGAAUAUUUGAACAUUGCUCAUGUUAUACUACUAUAGAACAUCUAAAAUAUCUCCUUAUUUAGUCAAUAAUGUACCAGUUACUUGGAAUUAACCCAUACGUGCAGCAUUCCUUACCUGUCCUUUGAGGUGAAGGGUGUGAGCUAUGUGCAGCUUAAGGAGUGUUUUCAAUUUCAUGGCUUAAGUUGUCUCGUCAUUUACGCUAACUGAAAAAUCAAACUUCAAUAUUGUCUCUAAAUGUGAUCAUUUUAACAGUCAUUUGACCAUCUCAAAAAAUACACAGAGGAUUGGGGCUGCUGAUAUCACCUUAAAUUUCUCACUAUCUUUCCCAACUCCAUGUCUGAGUCACUAACAUAUUGAUGUUAAUUUAUUACAGAAAAACUGAAGCCUAUAAAAUUGUUCAGCUCCGUGCAAUCAGCCCAAUCGUUUAGUAAAGUAUUUCAAUGACCAUUCUGACAAAGUAUGUAUGUGUCAAGGGUGGAGGAAAUGGUGUAAAUAUGACGAACAUGUUUUUAUUUAUUUUUUACCCUCAGCGAUCACAUAGCAGCGAAAAUGAAGAGACAUUUUGUGCAUCUAUGCCCAAGGCACAGAAGCAUAAUUUUCUUAAUAAUUUAUAUAUAGUUUUGAUAAAAAUGACAUGAAAGAGCUUUAUUCAUUUAGUUUUAAUGACAGAACUUUCCCACAGUAUUUGACACACUGAAAAUUUUGCAGGUUUUCCCACUCACAAAGCAUGUAGAGGAGUCUGUAAUUUGUAUCAUAGGUACUCAACUGCGAGUGACCGAAUCUAAAACCAAAAUCAAGAAAGUCAUAUUGUAUGCACCUGCACCUGUUUGAACUUGUUACCUGUAUAAAAUACACCUGUCCACACAAUCAAUUUAACAGACUCCAACCUCUCCACAAUGGCCAAGACCAGAGAGCUGUGUAAAGACAUACAAUUGUAGACCUGCACAAGGCUGGCAUGAGCGACAAUACAUUAGGCAAGCAGCUUGGUGAGAAGGCAACAACUGUUGGCGCAAUUAUUAGAAAAUGGCGCCAACGGUCAAGUUUCCUCGGUCUGGUGCUCCAUGCAAGAUCUCACCUCGUGAAGCAUCAAUGAGGAAGGUGAGGGAUCAGCCCAGAACUACAUGACAGGACCUGGUCAAUGACCUGAAGAGAGCUGGGACAACAGAAAACCAUUAGUAACACACUACGCUGUCAUUAAGUUCUGGAGGAUCCAGAGGCGGUAUGGGAGAAGGCCAUGUGGUCUGAUGAGACAAAAAUAGAGCUGUCUAUAUUCUACUCACCAUAUUUAGAGGAAGAAGAAGGAUGAGUUCAACACCAUCCCAAAGGUGAAGCAUGGAGGUGCAGACAUUCCUUGGGGAUGCUCUAAGUGGGGAAACCUGCAAAGUCAGCAGUGUAUCAAAUACUUGUUCUCCCCACUUUUAUUAGGUCGGUGCAUGAAUUGAACAAACUUAAAGUCUGUCUCAGAUUUAUCAUAAAACUCUUCAAAUAAGAGAAUGGAAUUCCUCCCUGUAAUAGGUGUGGAUUAAUUCCUCCUGGCUCAGAAUCUCCCCCGUCACAGGUUAGGCAAUGGCUUUCAGCCCGUUUAUACUUUACCACAUGGGGGAUUGCAGUCGGGGCAAAUUUCACUCAGCUUUCAGCUGCAAAGUGGUAUUUGUGCAGUAAUACCAUUUUCAUUAUCAAUCUAUAUGGAAUGGGACACUGUUUGAGGGCAGAUAAUGCUUGCUAAUGAUUGACUGUUCAUAUUGCUGUCUGCAAUGCACUAAAGAUGUGUAACUGCAAUGGCUGUAAGCGCCGAUCUUAGUGAAUUUGACUUUUUCUCCUAUGAUGCCCAUUUGACUAGAAAGGGGCAGAUUUGAUGUUAAAUGUCUGCAUAUAACUUUUUCAAAAUGUGCAAAUAUCAAAAGGAGCAAAUAGACGCCGUUGGCUUGGCAGCACAGUUAGGGAAGCAUUUCAUCCUUGGCAGGUGUUUUGAGAAUUAAAAGCCUUCUUUUUGUCUUUGCACAGGUUUAGUGGCUUUAAAAGCCAUGCAUUCCUUUUGUGAUUUUUCUAAAAAGUGUACAAACUGAGCAGAUACAUUAAAAUCUUGCUGGUAAUGAAUCUACUCGUUCUGGUGCCAACAGGCUUCUUUUAGAACGCAACACUUGACUCUGCUGUGCAUUUAGUUUGAAAAGAGGGAGUAUCGUUCCAGCAUACAACUAUUCAUCAGCGCUGUGUUCUGCAGGACUACAAAAGUUGAGUGGCCACAAAAUGUCUCCAAUCGGCCUCAAAGUAUCCAGCAUGAUGAUAACCAGAGAAGCUGAGCAGAUGAUGCCCUUUAGGCUGUCACAUCACACACGCAUUACCUCAAACAAAGGGUUUUCAUCUGAAACUGAACAGCCGAGCCAAGCCUUAUUACAGCAGACAGAAUAUUCAUUGAAGAAAGAUUGUUUUUCAAAUGUUUGCGGUUUUCCACUCGUGUCAUGAGCAAAGUGUUUGGAGAAAUAGUAAAAGAACUUUCAAAACGUUUGUGCUUAGUGCAACUCAAACCAUACUUUCUUUGUUAUUUUUUUCUCAUUUCUUUCCCUCUCAGACCCUUUGGUAUUUUAAAGAAUGUACGAGGACUACACUGGUUUAUAGGCCUUAAUGCUUUUUGCAGCUGUAGCGGGGUAAGAAUUUUGAACUUUGUAAAGGUCUGAAAAGAAAGUAGAGAAUAGCUAUUAAAAAUGUCAUAUCGGGUCACAAUUAUUGUUCAUUCAAUCACCCUAUUGAUCAUUGGAAAUUUGACUUUUCUGGUAUCUUAAAUAAUAACCAGAAGAUCUCUUUAAUUGAAAAUUGAAAGAGAUUUUUGCUUUGGUCAUAAUUCAGAAGGCAUAGUAAUGUUCUUCAUUGCACAAAAAUCUACAAUGCAUGAAUCAUCAGUAAUAUUUGGUUUCAUCUUUAUUUCAAUAUUUCUACAGUAAGUAAACUGUCAUUUUCAAAUUGUUUCAAAUAAACGUAUUUUUGUACAUCAA